AUGCCCGAGUUGCACAACCGCGAGAAGGUCCUCGUGCAGUAUCGCCUCCUCAAGGACUUCGAUGACUUGCGUCGCCGUGGGAUCCCUGGCAUUGACGUGCGGGUCAUGGAAGACAACAUUUAUGAGUGGCACGUCACCAUGAGCCCUAUCUCCGGCCACUUCAGUGGGCUCCGCAUCCACAUGGUGCUCCUCCUGCCCGAGGACUACCCCAGGAAGCCCCCAAAAGUCGAGCUCUACAACUUCCUUCCGCACGCCAACGUCUUCCGGGAUUUCCUCCAGAGCACAUCUUUGGCAUGGGCCCACUAUUGGCAGGGGAGCAGCCCAUCUCGUGGGAAGUAUGUCCUUUGCACAGACCUCCUAGAGCUGAAACCUCCGCCCUUGGACCCAAACGACUCCAGGAGGCACGAGGGUUGGAGUCCCUCUUACAGCGUGGAAGCUGUUCUUGUGCAGCUCCAGUGCCUGCUCUUUGAUGACUACGUGCAUUCAGACCUCGGUCCUCACAUCAACAC